ACUAUACUAUAUAAUUGUGUGCAUCCAACUUUGUGGAAAUGGUUUUGGGGGAAAGGACUGUUUUGUUGUAUUUCUACCGUGUCUUUUGACAAAAUAUGUUUGUUCGGGCUUUUAUUUUGAAAUAUUUGCAUCCCCGCGACCGGAAGUUAUUUUCAUUAUGUUAGUUCCAUUAGUUUCACAGUUCUCUUCACUCAGUCUGCGAUUGUCCUGUGCUGAAUGAAGAGCUCGGCUCUUGGCGUCUUUAUUUACACCAAAGUCUGUGGACGCGGAGUUUUCAGAAACACUACUACACUCAGGGAUUUGAGUUAAAGAGUGAAGAGAAGAAUUGUCCUAAACCUCAGAAAUCAGCUUCUGAGACGAGUAAACGUUAAAUUUCAACAAAUUUACCGUCAACAGCAGAUGCUGCGUUCAUUGAUGCCAGUGUUUUCUUACUGACGCCAUCAUCACGGAAACCUUGAGCUCAAAGGAAAUCCUCUGAGCGUUUCCCACUCGUAAUUCCGACUUUGUGGUGGCGUUCAUGUGCGUUCAACUGGACAGCGGUACGGACUGGAGGACAUUAAGAACGUGUCUCAAACACUGGAUAGACUUGGUAAGAGCAGGAAGCCAGCAUGAUCAGUAGGAAACAGGUUACCAUGACAACCCUACAGUAAAACGUCUUACACAUGCUGUGGGGUCAAGAAUCUUGUCGACUUGAAUGGACAAAGUGACCGUGUGUACACAGAUUCUGCGAGGCUAAAUCAACCUUUUGGAAACCCCGUUAUGCCUGUAAAAAAGAAAAGAAAGUCCUCUGGUUCUGAAGACCCCAGCAUCCGGAAGUGCAAAAUUAGCAGUUACUGUAGGACGCAGACUCCUGGGAGAUUGAUAAACCCUGAAGAUCAGUUCUCCAGCAAGAAGUGCCUUGCGUGGUUUUACGAGUAUGCCGGGUCAGAUGAUGUGGUGGGACCCGAGGGCAUGGAGAAGUUCUGUGAGGAUAUAGGCGUUGAACCAGAGAACAUUAUCAUGUUAGUCUUAGCCUGGAAACUAGAAGCACCAAAUAUGGGAUUUUUCACAAAAGAAGAGUGGCAGAAGGGAAUGACAUCAUUGCAGUGUGAUUGCACAGAACGGUUACAAAGCAAACUCGACUACCUGCGCUCUCAGCUGAACGACGCAGCCGCGUUCAGGAACAUUUACAGAUACGCCUUUGACUUUGCCAGGGAUAAAGACCAGCGUAGUCUAGACAUGGACACUACAAAGUCAAUGUUGGCGCUGCUUCUUGGAAGGACGUGGCCCCUGUUUCCCGUGUUUCACCAGUUUUUGGAGCAAUCCAAGUAUAAGGUCAUGAACAAGGAUCAGUGGUACAACGUGUUAGAGUUCAGCCGCACUGUUAACUCGGACCUCAGUAACUACGACGAGGACGGAGCUUGGCCGGUGAUGCUGGACGAGUUUGUGGAAUGGUAUAAAGCCAGACAGACUUUAUAGCACCACAUGGCCAUGCUUGCAGAAAUUAAGGGCAAAGAAAUGUAAUGGAAAAAGCACAUCAAUGGACGCCAUCCCUCCACCAUAAAAAGUCCAGAGUAUCAAUUGCACAUCUUCCCAGGAAAGCCAUCAUGCUUCUUGUGCACCCAUCACAACCCAGAGACUUACAGUGUUAAUUUAACGUGAAAAGGAAAAAUGUCUGAAACGGAGGGAACUGCUUUAUGCGUGUUGCAUCUUUCACAGCAGUUUCAGCCAGUGUUGUUCGGUCUGGUGGAGGGAAGUCAUCUGUUUAUGUAAUAUUUUUGUUUAUAGUGUUUUCAAAAGAAAAUAAAGGAACUGUAUGGAA